UAACAGAUUGACUAAGAUCUCCUAAUAAAAAACAAGCAGGAAAUGACUUCCCAAACCAGUACCCAACGUUGUUCUAGCUUUGUAAUAGUUUGGAUCAUUUUAACUAAGCUCUGUAUGAACAACAGGGAAUGCAUUUGCUGUAUUGUAGUAUAUUACUAAAACUUCAAGAUGCAUGAUUUAGUGCAUGUCUUAAUUGUAAUACCUACUAUAUUAUUAUUAUUAUUAUUAUAAUUUUAUUUAUUUAUUUAUUUUGCAUGAGCAUGUGUUGCAUUGGUCCAUUAAUGUUUCUCUUUUACUCAAUGACCCCUUUUCUUCCUGUGAUUGCUGUCAUGUCAUUGUGUAUGUUCAGUGUUGCAAAGCUGUUUAAGGAUUGUAAAGUAUAUAAUGGAAGCUGUAAACAAAAGAGUGCAAUAUAAGGUCAGUUUAAUGUGUAUCCUUUGCAUAAAUUUUUAGUCAUAAAUGGUUCUAAUAGUAUAAAAGCUAUGGCAUAUGCUGGAUAGCUUACUAGCUCUGAUAAUACAGUGUCUGUCGUGAAAGACAUGAUUGAUAAAUCAGAUUCUAGACAAUGGAGCAAGGCACCGCUGUAUGAACAGUAUCUCAUCUUCUUGUGUAUAAUCUACUAAUUCUAUGAACUAAUAGUUUAUAAUCAUAACCACGUGGAAAGGAUUGUUUUAAUUUUAUAGAAAUUCUCACAAUUACUGAAAGUCUUUGUGGAUUAACUUGCUUUUUUUGGAGCAAAGCUUAAUUUAGACUUCUGGAUUGAGCAUAUGUAGAGGCUACGAUGUAGCUUGUCAGAAAAGAAGCUUAUCCAUUGUGAUUGACAAGCCAGUAAGCAUUCUGUUUCACAGUCUGAAAAUAUGGUGAAAAACUCAGCUCGAGACUCCAUAACAGGACUUCACUAAACCAACAGAUGUCUAAGAAGAACGCCCAGAGCUCUGUAGAUGAUCAGUCAGAGCAUGGUCAGCCUCCCAACCAUUGUCAGGUGGAUCAGUCCACAAAGACUAUGUUGGGUUGUAGAAAGAAGGCCGAGCCAGGCCAGAGAAAUGGAGAGACCGCGUCGUCGUCUCCGGAGAGCGGCAGCAUAAACGGAGAAGGAAAGCGUAGUGGCAAAAGCCGUCGCCGCAGAAAACGUUUGUCUAAUCCUGAGAGCCGCCCAGAAGAAAAAGUCGACAAGCACAAGAACGAGGAGAAAAACAAACAAAGCAGCCAGCCGUCUGAUCACCUCUCUGGGUUGAUUGGUCUGCAGUCUGAGUGCGCUAAUGUGUGGUUUGAACGCAGCGUCUACGAGAGAGCCGAGAGCCUCUACCAGUGCUGGCUGGCAAGCUCUUCUAAUGGGACCACCCAGUCGAACCGAUCACCUCCAUCCUCCGGGAAACGAUUAAACUCUUCACCCACUGCAGCGCCACCUUCUGCUGGCCCAUCAUGCAACCAUGGUGACCAGGUGGCCUGCCACCACAUAGUACAAACAGUGUGGGUAAACAAGACCACAUUUGACCAAGCAGAACGCCGCUUUGUUGAGGGAUCGAUGCAGCCAUCAGUUCCAAACUCUCUGGACCUCCAAGCUCCACCCAGUCGCUCCACUGCAUCCAGAACACCUGAUGAAGGAUAUCAGUCUCUAGCCCCAACUCCUGCAACCCCUGUCAUCCAAGCAGCCAUCACACCAACCGUACGGCAAUCAAUUAACGGACUGCCCCGCAUCCCAGUGGAGCUGCUCAGAGACGUGUGGCUGGACAAACCACUUUAUGACCGUGCUGAGGCAGCCUUUUACCAAAACCUGUAUGGUAACAAUUCCACCAAACGGUCCAGCUGCACCUCUACUUCCAGAUGUAGUGACCACCCUCAAAGCCUUGUAGAAGAGGAAGAGGAGGAGGAAAACGAAGAAGCUGUAGCAGAGGAAACACGGGUGGUCCCACAGGGGAAAGCAGAGGUCUUCCAUGCUCUGCACCCGAUACAAGAGGAAGAGGAGCCAGCUGAGCUCCCGGAGAAGGAAGAAGCAGCAGCUGCAGGAGUUCGCUAUUUCCUCCAUCCGAACAGUGAGCGGGUGUGGCUGGACAAGUGGCGGUAUGAUGCUGCUGAGAGCCAUUUCUAUGGUUGCAGUGGGAAUAAAGCUGUGAAGAAGGAGCGCAGGCCAGAAGCAGAAGCCUCAUCAGUUGCCUCGGCCGCCCCACUGAGGGACAAGUAUGAUCAAACCGGGAGAAGGGAACUGCUCCAGAUGUUUCAGUUCAUCUUUUGUUUUUUGGUUUUUUUUUAUCAUAUCACCUCCAUUCUUUUCCCACAUGAAUUAGAUUUUUCUUUUCUUUAAGCCAUUCUUUGUCAUUUAUCUGUGUUCAAUCUUUUCCUUAUGCUUUGUGUUUUGACUAUCUGACCCAUUGUUGUGUUUUACCAUCCUCUUUUUUUUGUUAUGCAUUUGUAUAGUUGGAUUGGGGUGGCUGUUGGUGGAGAAUAGCUGUUUAAAAAGAAAUUAAAAUUAGUCUCUUACAGAAUAAAAAGUCAGAUUUUAUAUUGGUGAAAUCUCUGUAUGCUGGGUGAUUUUUAGUAUAAGAAUUAGUAAUAAUUUAGGCUUCAUUUCCUUUUUUCCCUGACCUUCUGUGUCCUGUUCAUACAUCCCUGUCUUUUCCUUCCCUGCUUUCUACU